CAGCCAAACACGGAAGCUGUUCACAGUGCUAGUGAAGUCGAAGUGAAAUGUCCCCACCUCCUGCAAACAAAUGCAGAAUAAAAUUUGCUUUUGUUUACUUUAAAGAAAAAGAGGAAUUUGAGAUCAUAUUUGUUGCUAUAAAUGGGUUGUUCGUGGAUUGGCGUCGCGGUUCCUCUUUGUCUUGCAGUUUUAUCCUUAUUUAUUGCCAUUAAUGGACAAACGUUGGCCAUGCCGCCCCCUUUACCAACUGUGGUCGGUGUCCUCUCGCUGGCCGGGAUGGCGGUCCUUUGGAGGGAAAUUAGCUCGAAGCAGAAGGGUGAUAAGCGGACGUUGGGCAGUCUUUUGAGCCAAUAUGUGGCGGUGAAAGCUGUGGGCUGGCUUGGCAGGCGGCAGCGAAAGAAACUGGAAGCCGAUACGCUCAAGGUGAUGCAGGUCCAGGAGGAAACUCUGCUGAAAAGACUUCGGAAGAACACUGAUACUUUCUAUGGAAGAAAGUACAACUUCCGCUGUAUUAAAGACUCUGCUGGUUUCCGAGCCUGUCACCCCAUCACCACAUACGAUCACUAUCGAGAGCUCGUUGAACGCAUUGCAGCUGGACAAGAGAAAGUAAUUAUUGCUGAGAAGCCUCUUAUUCUGGCUAUGACCUCUGGGACGUCAGGAAAGAGCGCCAUGCUGUUGAGCACCAAGGACACAAACACAGAGUUCUUCCUGCAGGGGGUGGCUGUUUGUUUAGAUGCCAUGCAGAAGGCUUUCCCUGAGUCCGACAGCCUUCAGCGCACCACCAAAUUCUUCUACACGCCCACAUUUCGCCAAUCAGAGGCAGGUAUUCCUAUCGGACCAAACUCUUCCACACCAGCCUCGUCGCGCCACAUGCUCAACCUCUACACAACUCCAGCUCCUGCUUUUGAGGUUCCCAGUGAGAGGGACACUUUAUACCUGCACCUCCUGUUUGCACUGAAAGAUCCAAGUGUGGGAACGUUGGAGUCCAACUUUGCUUCCACGGUCUUCUAUGCUUUCACUGCCCUUCAGGAGCACUGGCAGGAGCUGGUGAAGGACAUCGAACAAGGGACAAUCAGCAGGUCCUUGUCUCUGGAGCCCAAAGUGAGGAGAAGACUCGAAGUUCUAAUGAAGCCAGAUGCAGAGAGGGCUGCUCAGCUCCGGGCUCAUUUCCAGGAGGGUUUCGGGGGGAUUGCCAAGCGGUUGUGGCCUCGCCUAAACCUGGUGCUGGCUGUGGACUCAGGCUCCAAUCAAAUAUACGGUGAAAUGUUGAGGGAGAACUACUGCAAAGGAGUGCCUUUCUAUUCACCCUUCUAUGCUGCUACAGAAGGUCUGAUAGGAGUGAACCUGUGGCCUCAGGAGCCACAUAGACGUUAUCUGCUUUGUCCACGCUCCAUGUUCUGUGAGUUUCUGCCGGAAAGCAGCCUGGAUGAGGAGAUCCCUCAAACUCUGCUGAUGGAGGAGGUGAAGGAGGGAGAAAGCUAUGAACUUGUUAUCACCAACGCUACAGGACUUUUCAGAUAUCGUCUUGGAGACAUUGUGAAAGUCAUUGGAUUUCAUAACCAGUGUCCCAUUGUGGAGUUUCAGUACAGACGGGGUCAGAUGCUGAACGUUCGAGGCGAGAAAGUCUCUGAGGUGUUGUUCCUUGGGGCGCUGAUAAAAGCUGUUGCUCAGUGGCCUGGAGCUCAGCUGGUGGACUACUCCUGUGCAGAGAGUGGCAUCUUGGGUGAUUCAAUAGGAGGCUCAGACCCUCAUUACCAGGUGUUUAUAGAGCUUAAAGGAGUGAGGAAUCUAACAGAGGAACAGAGAUAUAAGCUGGAUAUUUGUCUCCAAAAGGACUCUGCCGUCUACAAGUCGUUUCGUAUAAAAGGCAGCAUCGGCCCAAUGAGGGUGCAGCUGGUGUCAGAGGGGGCGUUCAAGGAGCUUCGGAAGCAGAUGAUGGCCUACACAAGCACCUCAGCCAACACUUUCAAAAUGCAUCGUGUGCUGCGCCGGAAAGAAUACGCAGAGUUCUUGUUAGUAAGAACAGUUUCCUGAAGAUAGAUAUGAAUCAUGAACUGUAUAGAGAGCCCUGACUGAAGGAUUCAUCCUAAGUUUUGUUAAAAUAGUGAUAAAAUUUAUUAACCGUGCCUUUGGGAGGAGUUGAACACAAAAAUGACAACAGCGUGUUUAUGUCUUUGAUGACAGUAAUGUAUUUAGUGUUGGAUAACAAUGUUUUUAUUUUACCAUGACAAACGGAUUCACUGGAAAAUUGUAUUCAUUCCAGGCAUCAGUAUUUAAUGGUUUUAUUCUUUCAGCCUUUUUUCAGUUGUUUUUUUUUUUUUUUUUUUACAUCUUUUUCUGCUAUGAACUAUGUUGCCACAGUUAAACAAUAUUCAGUAAAUGCUGUUUCAGUCAUUCUAACAGACAGUCUGCCUGGGCAUGAGAUAUUUGGCAAAGAACAUUGGAGAAAAGUUUCAGUCUGUAGAUGAGUGAAGCUGGUACAGACACGGCACCAAAAGACUGUAAUUAAAGCAAAACUUGCUUCUACAAAGUAUUGAAUCAGGGGAACUGAAGACAAAUGCAAAUCCCACUUUUCAAAUUGCCAUAAGUAAAAACAAUUAGACAACCAUGUAUCCUUUUAACAGUUCUACCCUACUUUGUGUUGGCCUGUCACAUAAAAUCCCAAUAAAAUACCUAUAAGUUUGUUUUGAAGGGGUGUGAAUAGUUUUGCGAGGUAUUGUACAUCUAACAUACUUUUGAUAUAGUUUUCAACUGGAAAUCAGCCUUACUGUAUAAUGCAACAGUGCAUGAUUAAAAUAUUAAAUGAAUUUAUUUGAGUUCUUAUAGAAAUUCUUAUGGGCUUGCUCUGGAGAUUAUAAAGCUACAUAAAAUAAUUCCAAUAGUUCCUGUCUGAUUGAAGCUCCGUCUUUACCUUUUGGUGCCCGUGCUUUUUGUCACCACUGGGAGGUGCUAGUGAAACAUGUAUGGCUGUUGGAGUUAAUGCUGUUUCCUGUUAAACAUUUUCAGGAGUUUGAAUGUAGAAAUUGGUCUUUUUGCUGCCACAUUUCUGCCAGAAAUGUCUUCAGCAGAUUGAAUCCCCCCCUCACUGUGAACUAAAAAAGCACAACACUACAUGCAGUCAAAAUCUCAUUUAGAAAAACAGCAGCCCCAACAUCCCAUUUAUGAUUAGAUGUGAACAGAAGACUAAUCUGAAAGCAGAGUUGGUUCUCUUUGUUUCUGUGGUGUGUUGCUGCAUGGAAAGUGCUUCUCCUGCAAGUGUUAAUAAACUGGGCUAAUAUUUUUA